CCGGCCGGGGCCACCCGCCCCGCCGGGCCAGUCGCCGCCGGCAGCCGCGGCGCAGCCCGCUGCGGUUCGGGACAUCCCAUCCCGGUUGGGUCCAUCCCGAUCCGGGAUAGCCCGAUGGAGACGGAAGGUUACCGGUGCCGUAACAGCCGGUACAUCGAGAGCGGGCAGUCGGCGGUGCCCGGCUCGGUGUUAUUCGCCGCCGGGCUCUUGGGCAACGUGUUGGCGUUACUGCUGUUGGGUCAGCACCGACGGCGAUCCCGGGCCACCGGUGGUCGCCCGCCUCGGGUUUCUGCUUUCUACGUGCUGGUGAGCGGGCUGGCAGUCACGGAUCUGCUGGGCAAGUGCCUUCUGAGCCCCAUCGUCCUGGCCGCUUACGCCUACAACCGCAGCCUCAGCGAACUGGGACCGGGCGGGCGUACCGAGGGCGAGCCGGGGGUCCUGUGCCAGCUCUUCGCCUUCCUCAUGGCCUUCUUCGGGCUAGCCCCCACCCUGCUGCUGCUAGCCAUGGCGCUGGAGUGUUGGCUCUCGCUGGGGCAUCCCUACUUCUACCGACGGCAUCUCACCCGGCGGCUGGGGGCUACGUUGGGGCCGGCGGCGGCGGGGCUCUGCGCCCUUUUUUGCGCCCUGCCGCUGCUGGGUUUCGGGGUGCCCAUGCAGUAUUGCCCGGGGACGUGGUGUUUCAUCCGCAUGGCCGGUGGCGGGCCUCGUCAGCUCGGUUUCCCCGUCCUCUACGCCAGCUUGAUGGGCCUGCUGGUGUUGGCCAUCGGCGCCUGCAACGUGAGCAGCAUGCGGCACCUCUACGACAUGGCUCGGCGGCAGCCCCGCCGCGGGACCCCCCCCGCCGCCGCCCCGCGCAUGGAGGAACUCGACCACCUCAUCCUGCUGGGGCUCAUGACCGUCCUCUUCACCAUCUGCUCCCUCCCGCUCAUCAUCCGGGCAUACAUGGGGGCCUUUGCCACGGACUUCAACGAGAACGCUGACCUCAGCGCCUUGCGGUUUCUCUCCGUCAACUCCAUCGUGGACCCCUGGGUCUUCAUCAUCUUCCGCACCUCCGUCUUCCGCAUGUUCGUCCGCAGGGUUUGCAGGAGGCUGAAUUCCCGCAAACCCAGCCUGAAAGGGCCCGGCCCGGAGGGGGACGGCCAGUUCUGUCCCCUGGGCUGGCGCAGGACAGACACCCCGCAGCUCGGCUUCCCCUGAGCUCGCCGCUCUUGCAGAAACCGGCGGCUGCUGGUGAGGAUGAGGAGCGAGCCUUCGGCCCUGCGCUCCCCCCCCCCCCCCCCCCCCCCCAACCUCGGAGCAUCCCGGGGCAGGACGGGGCUGUCGCAGGCGGGGACGGCGUCCGGCUCGCAGCGAGGGGUGGGUGUGAAAGCGUUUCUGCCCCCUCCCUGGGCUGCGUUUCACCUCAGAGAGGAACCGAAGGGGGGGAUCCCGGGUACCUGUGAAUAUUUCCGAGCAGCAGCACUUUGUGGAGGGUUUGGGGAGCGCCCGGCUCCAGGAAAGCAGGAGGGUUCUGGCGUGUGGCUUCAGGGCAGCGGGGACAGACAGGGAGGAAGGGCGGGGGGGGGGGGGUGUGUGCGUCCCCAUCAAAUAAAAGUGGUUCAGAGCCCUG